CUCCUCACAUUGUUAUAUCAAUCUAUCUCUCUCUCCCUCUCCCUCUUACUUUCUCUCCCUGAAACUGGCCCUCGCAUUUUACAGAACGUACCCAUUUUCUAUAUAUCUUCUUGUUUCUGUUUCCUCUGUUUCCGUCUUCUCGGAACCUUCUCUAUCCUCUGUCAUGGACUAUUUGUAUGUAGUCCAGCACCGAAUGAGUUCCUUCAUCUCUCUCUUGAAGAAACAGAUUUGAUAUUUAAAGGGAUUUAUACUUUCCAUUUUUUUUUUCAAAUCUCAUCGUACUUCACUCGGAUUUUUCCCAUACUCUUUCAUUGAGAAAUUAUGAGGCCAAGUCAGCCACCGCCGGGCACCGGAGCUUCCAACCGUGACCGUAAGGGAGGUCGCCGUAAAGACCUAACCUUGCCGUUGCCGCCGCGAGACCAUUCGAGGGCGGUGCCUCUUCCUCUUCCCCCUUCCAACUCGGCGCCCUCGACGAGUCACCAUGCCGGCCCAGUUCACCAGCUUAUCCCCUUCUCCGAGCUUGAACGGCUCAACAGAAUCGGUAGCGGGAGCGGCGGGACAGUCUACAAGGUCAUUCACCGACCUACUGGUCGGGUUUUUGCGCUGAAGGUUAUAUAUGGUCAUCACGAAGACUCCGUGCGCCGACAGAUCCACCGCGAAGUCCAGAUCCUUCGCGACGUGGAUGACCCGAACGUGGUCAAGUGUUACGACAUGUAUGAUCACAACGCUGAAAUCCAAGUGCUUCUCGAGUUCAUGGACGGUGGGUCCUUGGAAGGGAAACACAUCCCCGACGAGCAGCACCUCGCAGAUCUAGCUCGUCAGAUUCUCCGUGGCCUCGCUUACCUCCAUCGCCGCCACAUCGUUCACCGAGACAUCAAGCCGUCGAAUCUUCUGAUCAACUCGCGCAAGCAAGUCAAGAUUGCGGACUUCGGGGUGGGUCGGAUUCUUGCGCAAACCAUGGAUCCGUGUAAUUCAUCGGUGGGGACGAUCGCUUAUAUGAGCCCCGAGAGAAUUAAUACCGACAUCAACGAUGGACAGUACGAUGCGUAUGCUGGCGAUAUAUGGAGCCUUGGAGUGAGCAUACUGGAAUUUUACGUGGGUAGGUUUCCCUUUGCGGUGGGAAGGCAAGGCGAUUGGGCCAGUUUGAUGUGUGCGAUUUGUAUGUCUCAGCCGCCGGAGGCGCCGGCGACGGCGUCGAGUGAGUUUAGGGAUUUUAUAUCGCGCUGUCUGCAGAGAGAUCCGUCACGGAGGUGGACGGCGACGAGAUUGUUAGGGCAUCCUUUUAUAAAUCCGGGAAUUCGACAACAGAACCCAGUUCAUCAGAAUCUUCAUCAAUUACUACCUCCACCUCGCCCGCUUUCUUCUUAGUUAUCUUUGUUUUCUUUUCUUUUCUUUUAUUUUCCUUUUUAAUCAUAAAACGACUUCCUGUAAUUUUUGAAAAGAUGGGUUGGGAUUUGAUUCUUAGGGAAAAAUUGUAGAAUGGGGCUUUCAGACUCAAAUCAAAUCAAUCUUGUCUUGAUAAGGUUUACCAGGAAAGGAAAAAUCUGUCACCUUGGGUAGCUCUAGCUCAGGUUUCCAUUGCAUUCUUUCAGCUCUACAUAUUCAAUGACAGAUCAAAUUUAAGAGAAUGUUGUGCAGUUGGCAUUUUGAAGCCCUCAAAUCUUGUGUUGUUGCCUUUUCUGAUCAUAUCUGAUGUGGUAAUUUUGGGAUAGGACUAUGAAUGAAUCUUUGAUCCAUUUAAUGUUUUCA